AUGACCCGCAAGUCAAAUCGGCGGUCACAACGAAAAGAAGCCACUACGACUCACUCCGACCCGACUCAUACCGCUGAACCUUCCUCGGACAGCAGCAGUUCCUCGUCCGAAUUUGCACCGGAAGUCCGAAACCUUCCUAUCCCUAUUGUACUCAAGCCUGCUUCGCCCUCUAAGCCGACGCCAAAACAACCGAGUCCCUUACUGCUGAGCCCGACGAAAAAGAACGGCCCUGAGGCUACGAUUCGACAGAUCGCUGAGAGCAACGACACAAUGAACGGAACUAUUCACGUCAAGGUUUUAACUGCUCGCAAUCUGCCCAUGCUGGACUUUGGCAAGCGUCAAGAUCCAUUUGUUAUGGUGCAGUUAAAUAACUCGGUUCCCAAGUCUUGGGCGACCACAGAUCCAUCCUUCCACGGCGGAGCUAAUCCAGAGUGGACUGAAAGAUCAAACAACGAGUUAGAGCUGUUUUAUAAUGCCAGCGUUAUGCACGACAAGGGUACUACGUUAACCUUUGAAGUAUAUUCGGACGAGUCUGGCGACGAACUCAUUGGCUCGGCGCAGCAGAGUAUCAGCUCCAUUGUUGAGAAUCGAUUAACCAAACCAACUGCAUUCACGAUUCAUCUGAGCGAUGAAAAGCAUAGCAACGGCAACCGCGGCGAGCUGAAUGUAGAAAUAUGGUUUGGCCCGCCCGUCCGUAAGGUCUUCCGCGCAGCGGGACGUGCCUUUAAACUGCUGGAUGCGCGUGAUGCCAUGGUUGCCAUGCUGUGCUCCAUGACGACAUCAGCUUGUGGUGCUGUGUCAGACCGGUUUCAAUUGCCAAUGGAUUUCGCCAAAUCGCACCGCAAGCUGAGUAUGGCUCUAGCUGUUGUUUUUGGCUUCGUGGCCGCAGCAGCACUCACAAUGUUCGUGGCAUUUGCGGUGCCAGCUUUGAUCGUGGCUUUCAUUACAUUUCCAUUCUGGAUCAUCCCGGUCUUAGUCACGUCUUUCUUCACUGCACCAUUGUGGUUGCCUAUUCUUCUUUUGAUUGGGUUAUUCCUGCUUUUUAUUUCCUCGUUCGUGUUCGGCCUCGGAAUCACUUCAGGACCUGUUCGUCGCAAAAGUGCAUUCAUCUUGAACAAGAUCAAACACUCAGAGAUUGGAAAACGCGUGAUUUACGAGAAGUCAGCAUAA